AUGUCGACGAAACGGGUUUUUCUACCGUACAAAAAAAGAUGUCAGAAAGUGCUGGCUAAAAAAGGAAAAUCCCAGGCUGGUGUCGUAGCUAGCGGCGAAAGAGGUGUGAAUACUACAUUCGUAUGCUGCGCAAGUGCUGCAGGUCAAUAUGUGGCACCAAUGGUAAUCUUCAAGAGGAAAAGGAUGGCGCCAGAGCUGGCAGAUGGAGCUCCCCCAGGAUCACUGGUCUAA